CACCCUUCACCCUCGACCUGUGAGACCCCCCACCUCCCACCCAAAUUCCAUUGUGACCCCCCAAGAUACUUCCAUUACGGUGUGGCGGUUAAAACUAACUUAACUGUCAUAGUAUAAAUGCUAGUAUGAAUCUCUCUACUCUCUUCCGUGCCCCUGCUCCUCUUUUUCCUCCUCCUCCUCACUCUACCUCUACCUCCAGGACUAAUGCUACUGAGAAUAUUGCCAUCGAGGGUCGGAAUCUGAAUUUCUCGAUCACGACGAGGCAAGGGAAAGUGGUGCCGAUUCUCCAGGACUGCUCUCUUCGGAUUCCUUCGGGACAGUUCUGGAUGCUUCUUGGUCCCAACGGUUGCGGGAAAUCUACCCUCUUGAAGAGAAAUGCAGAUUCUGGCUGGUCUUUUGAGUCCGACAAGCGGAACUGCGUACGUCAAGGGACCCAAGAGUUUUGUCUUCCAAAAUCCAGACCAUCAGAACACAUAAACUGUGUCCAUCAAGAUUCCAGACUUGGACGAUUUGAGGUAGUGAUGCCCACAGUAGAAGCUGAUGUGGCAUUUGGUCUUGGAAAGUUCAACUUGACAGAUGACGAGGUUAGAUCCAGGGUUUCUAAAGCUUUGGAUGCUGUUGGUAUGUCUAAUUACCUGAAGAGGUCUGUUCAAACUCUCAGUGGUGGUCAGAAGCAGAGGGUUGCAAUUGCUGGUGCUUUAGCUGAAACUUGCAAAGUGUUGUUGUUGGAUGAGCUCACAACUUUUUUAGAUGAAAAUGAUCAGUUUGGGGUAAUUAAAGCGGUUAGAAAUUCUUUGGAUCGUUCUGAAGAAGUUGCAGCAUUGUGGGUGACCCAUCGAUUGGAAGAACUCGAGUAUGCAGAUGGUGCUGUCUAUAUGGAGAAUGGGAAAGUUGCCUUACAAGGUGAUGCCGCAAGUGUAACGAAUUUUAUUAGAGCUAGGCAAUCUGCUUACAUCAAACAGAUCAACUCUUGAAGCAAAUUUUUUGUUUACUUAAAGUGGAUUUUAUGUUACCCCAUUUCUUCUGCAGGAGCAGGUUUUUUCA